GGCUGACGGUCGAGGGUUCGCCUCUGCUCCUGCUGGACUGCCGCGGAGGAGGCAACCAGGAGUUUGACCCUGGGUGGCUGGUUCAGGAGGUAGCCGUGGCUGCUGUGGAUGGGAGCGGACCUGCUCGGUGUGCCCAUGGAGCACCAAGGCAGGGCCGCCACCACCUCCGCUUUGUCGACCCGGGACCCGGCGUCUGAGGAGCCAGAUGGGCGGCGGCAGGAGCCGCUGCGGCGCCGGUCGAAUAGUGCGUCGGCACCCGCGGUCGGAGCCUCGGCCUUUACUGAGGAAGUAAGGCGGGACCGACCCAGCUCGUACAGCGGCAAUACCUCGGUCUCCCGCCAGCGCGUGGAAACACUCAGGAAGAAGCGGCCGCUUUUUCCAUGGUUUGGCUUGGAUAUUGGUGGAACACUAGUCAAGCUGGUUUAUUUUGAACCCAAAGACAUCACUGCUGAAGAAGAAGAGGAAGAAGUGGAAAGCCUUAAAAGCAUUCGGAAGUACCUGACCUCCAAUGUGGCUUAUGGGUCCACGGGUAUUCGGGACGUGCACCUGGAACUGAAGGACCUGACUCUGUGUGGACGCAAAGGCAAUCUGCACUUUAUACGCUUUCCCACUCAUGACAUGCCUGCUUUUAUUCAAAUGGGCAGAGAUAAAAACUUCUCAAGUCUCCACACUGUCUUUUGUGCCACUGGAGGUGGAGCGUACAAAUUUGAGCAGGAUUUUCUCACAAUAGGUGAUCUUCAGCUUCGCAAACUUGAUGAACUAGAUUGCUUAAUAAAAGGAAUUUUAUACAUUGACUCAGUUGGAUUCAAUGGACGGUCACAGUGCUAUUACUUCGAAAACCCUGCUGAUUCUGAAAAUUGUCAGAAGUUACCGUUUGAUUUGAAAAAUCCAUACCCUCUGCUUCUGGUGAACAUUGGCUCCGGGGUUAGCAUCUUAGCAGUGUAUUCCAAAGAUAAUUACAAGCGGGUCACUGGUACCAGUCUUGGAGGAGGAACUUUUUUUGGUCUCUGCUGUCUGCUUACUGGCUGUACUACGUUUGAAGAAGCUCUUGAAAUGGCAUCUCGUGGAGAUAGCACCAAAGUAGACAAACUAGUUCGAGACAUUUAUGGAGGGGACUAUGAAAGGUUUGGACUGCCGGGCUGGGCUGUGGCUUCAAGCUUUGGAAACAUGAUGAGCAAGGAGAAGCGAGAGGCUGCCAGUAAAGAGGACCUCGCCAGAGCAACUUUGAUCACCAUCACCAACAACAUUGGCUCCAUAGCAAGAAUGUGUGCCCUUAAUGAAAAUAUUAACCAGGUGGUAUUUGUUGGAAAUUUCUUGAGAGUUAAUACGAUCGCCAUGCGGCUUUUGGCAUAUGCUUUGGAUUAUUGGUCCAAGGGACAGUUGAAAGCACUUUUUUCGGAACACGAGGGUUAUUUUGGAGCUGUAGGAGCACUACUUGAGCUGUUGAAGAUCCCCUGACUGUUACCUGGGGAGGGGGAGUUCCUGGAACACUCUGCAGUGGGAUCUGUGAACUUCUGUUUUUUAAGAGCCUUAUUUAUUACUUAAUUUUAUGAUUGUUUAUGACCUGAAUCAAAGCAAGAAAGGACAAGGGAAUUUUUCUAAGUCAUCAAGAUAAUUCAGUCUAAACUAGUAACCAGUAAGGAAAGAUUACAUGUAUGUAACGUGGACCAUGCCUGUGACAGUGAGGAUUUGCUGUAAUACCCGCUGUGUCUUUUUGAAGUUUAGUGUCACUCGCUGAAGUGCUGCAGGGGAGAGCUAUUCCGUGUUCCCCUGACUGUGGUUUUGUAUGCCAUUGAAUGUGCUAAAUGUAAGGCAAGUUACAUGUAUUAUAAUCUAAUCACAAUUUUGUCAGUAUGGCCUUGGAGAUCAUCACCUGUUCAUGAAAUCUGUUGUGCAUUUAGCCUUUGUGUGAACAUACUGAAAAACAUGUUUUAUUUCAAGAUUCUACAAGA